AACUCAGCCAGAUGGCCUGAGGCAUCUUUCUGUGGAUACUUUACAGUUUAAAUGGAACAUUUGUACAGCAUUUUUCUAAAAUUUAUUUCAGGAUUACCUUAUUGGUUUUUGGCAACAAUUGUUUUUGGACUACAUAUCGUAAAUAAUGCAUUGAUUUUUAUAAUGACUGGUAAAAUCGUUUUACAUUGCAUGAUUUCAGGGCUUUCUGGCAGUAGAAUACGUUUUGUAUGAGCUGAAAGCACAUGAACUCCUGCCAUCACAUCACAGUAAUGAUACUAUGUCAACUGAUUCCUAAUCAUUCACAAACUACUUUGGUUGCAGUAAGGCGACUGUGGUGCAACGAUAUCGUUGAAAUCUCGUAUUGAUUUAGUUAUUUAUGCAUUUAAUUAAUAUGAUUUUUUUUAAAAGCUUUUUUUCACGCAUAUUGUUCUCGAUGCCGCAGCAAACCAUCCCACACUGCUCAAACUACGACGUCAGCACGUCCCUACGUGCCCUGGUCAAGUUGAGAUUCUGAUGUUGCGUUUAAAUGCUCCUCGGACUCAUAUGUUUUUACCUCAUGGCCUCAGUCUGUUGUAUUUGAACGAUGUACGCCACUGUUUUUGGAUCCCGCUGGUGCUUUAUGAUGAGAAGGGAGGUCUGGAGCCGAGAGAUCGAGGAUAACGGAUCCCAGCUGACAGGCGGAUCGACCGCUGGACCUGGUAAACACACGCUCGCAUGUUAUGUGUCAGGGUCGAGUCUUGUAUGGUCGGAAAGCUAAUGUCAAAGUUGCAGGAGGUUAGUCAGACAUCCGAGUUGAAAGCAGGUGGGCCAGAGAUGGGAAAUGACACCGCGCUGCUCCAAAUUCAUCCGCUUGAGCGAAGGAGGAUAGCCCUUCAGGCAAAAUAUCGUCGGAGAGAAAACAUUGUGUGGUAAACGUUGUUUAAUCACCGUAUAUUAACACACCGUUAGCUGCAUCUGACUCAGUUAAACAGUGCCAACGCAGGUCUUGUUGGCGCGUGCAGCGUUAUUAUUGUUGUUCCAUCACUUUGCAGAAAUGUCCUUCACAAUGGAGGAUAAUUUGGAGUCGGGGUGGGUAGCUGUUCGCCCGAAUGUGUUUGAGGAGAAGGAAAGGCAUAAGUUCGUUUUUAUCGUCGCCUGGAAUGAAGUGGAGGGUAAAUUUGCUAUUACGUGUCAUAACAGGACGGUGCAGAGGAGAAGCUUUGGUAGGGACCCUCUGGUGGAGCCGACCAGCCAGGAUGGGGACAAAACAAAAUGGCCCGAAAGUCCCGUCAGGGAUAAAGUAUCUAGGAGCCCUAGCAAAGGAGCCAGGGAGGCUGUGGUUAAAGGCUGCAGCUCUAAAACCAAGUCUGUGAUAGCAACAAAACCAAGUCCUGUCAAAAUUCAAACUGUGAUUAAAUCUGCAGCAUCUCCCGUUAGUCCUGAUACCGAGGUGUUAAAAUCACUAAGAGAGGACCAACUGUCCCCCUCACUGGACAGCUUGGACCUGGAGGAACUGGAUAGUCUGAGCAGGGAGGACUGCAGCUGGGCCGGACUCUUCUCCUUCCAGGACCUCCGGGCAAUCCACCAGCAGCUGUGCUCGGUGAACUCGGAUCUGGAGCCCUGCCUCCCGGUGUUUCCGGAGGAACCAGCCGGGAUGUGGACGGUGCUGUUCGGCCCGGCGGAAGUAUGCGAGACCGAAAUGGAUGAGCUUUGCUACAGUUUACAAGUGUACCUGGGCCAUGCGCUCGAUACGUGUGGGUGGAAGAUCCUUUCGCAGGUUCUGUUCACGGAAAACGACGACCCAGAUGAGUACUAUGAGAGCCUGAGUGAGCUGAGGCAGUCCGGGUACGAAGAAGCGCUCAGCCGUGCAACAAAACAUCUGCAAGAGCUGCUGGAGAAGCACAAGACCAUGGACAGUAUGGUGGAGCUGUUGGAGCUAUAUGAGGAGGAAGAUCAGGCCUAUGGAGGCCUGUUGGAGACCUCCACACAGCUGUACCAGUACCUGCUGCAGCCCUUCAGAGACAUGAGGGAACUAGCAAUGCUACGCAGACAGCAGAUCAAGAUUUCCAUGGAGAAUGACUACUUGGGCCCAAGGCGGAUUGAAGCUCUAAAAAAGGAGGACUUUGACUGGCAGAAGAAAGCUCAGGAGGCAGUCCUCAACAUCCAGGAGUUUACUGUAAAAUACUUUGAGAUCACUGCUAGAGCCCAGAAAGGGGUGUAUGAGCGUAUGAAGGUGGAUCAGCGUAAGUUUGGUAAAUCUUCAUGGACAGCGGCGGUGGAGCGCAUGGAGAGAAUCCGCUACUCUGUCGCCAAGGAAACUCUGCAGCUGCAGAGAGCUAGGGAGAUCUGUCUGGAGCAGAGGAAACACACACUUCGAGAGGAGAUGCAGAGUCUGUGUAGCAGUGAAGAUGCCAUGGUGCUCUUAGACCACAUGGAGACACAAUACUAUGAGCUCCAGCUCCAACUGUAUGACAUCCAGGCUGAGAUACUACAGUGUGAAGAGCUGCUCCUCACCGCUCAACUAGACAGCAUUCGCAGACAGAUGACAGAGCGUCAGGAUGAAGUGGUGUACUAUGACACCUUUGAAAGUGCAGAUGAUAUAACAGAGGAUGAUACUGCAGAGAGGGAAGAGCUGCGCAGACUUCAGGUCAGCGCUCGACAGCUGGAGGCAAGAAGGGGGCGCAUCACUGCCAAGCGCUCCUAUCUGAGGAACAAGAGGGAGAUCUGUGUAUCCAACCACAUUCAGAAACAGCAGAAACAUCAAACCAUCCACAAGGGCUCUAUAUCCCACCAGGUCUUACAGCUGAAAAAUGAAGAAGACGAGGAGAGGAAGAACAGCAGAGUUAGUCAGGAGAGACAGAGAACUCUGGAUAGACUACGCACUUUCAAGCAGCGGUACCCAGGUCAGGUGAUUCUGAAGUCAACUCGACUACGCGUUUCCCACACCAGAAGAAGAGAGCAUGGAAGGAGCAUGGAAAUGAGUAGCAUGAGUGAGAGGGAGGAGCGUGUUGACUCUGUCUGUGUCCAGACGCAGGGCCAGCCGCUGUGUCUCAGUACCAGUGUGCAGACAGACCCCAGCCCUGGCUCCACGCUCACCACUCAGCCUGUCACAGCCCUCACAGCAUCCCUUCCUCCGCUGCCUGUGCCCAGUCCUGCGGACUCCUCCUGCUCUCCCUGCUCCCUGUCCUCACUACUGGCAUCCCCCAUCUCCCCUCCUCCUCCCCCUCCCCCUCCACCUUUGCCAACAAAGGAGGAGUUGUCGCCUUCUGGGAGCCCGGGUCGGCAUGGGCAGAAGGUUGAGGGGAAGAGUGCAGCAGAAGAGCUCUCCCUUUCCCCACUCGGUCCAUUUAUCCCUCGCUUCUUUGACAGCAGCCAACUGGUGAGCGCCCGGAAAAAGCUGAGGAAGACUCCAGAGUUUGCCUCCCACAGCAGAAGAGUGAGCUCGCCCAUGGACGAGGUGCUAGCCUCCCUGAAGAGAGGCAGCUUCCACCUGAGGAAGGUCGACCAGCAGUCCUUGCCUCCUACAAAGGGUGAAGAUGACCCCAACAGCAUCCUGGUUCAGAUUCGCAAGGGGGUCAAACUGAGGCGUGUCCCCAGGAAAGAGAGAAAGGACCAGGGAGAACUCCCAGCCUCCACCGACCCCCUGACCAGGAGCAUCCAUGAGGCACUGCGUCGCAUCAAGGAGGCCUCACCAGAGUCUGACUCAGAUGACGACGGGCUGGCCGGCCCUGACUGGGACAGCUAGGGUUCAAGGCUCAGACGCAGCAAAUAAUACACACACAGAUUCCUGCACCCGCUGGCACUGCACACACUGUACUGUACUGCAUUAUACUGUACACACUCACAAACACGUACACACAGUUACGUCAUUCACACACAGCCCGGUCACACAUGCCUAGUGACUAUGCCAGGGCCUGAAUCAUACCGAAUAUCAUCAACUCACCACAUGCUCCAAAGGUCUAUGGUCAACUUAUUCAUUUGUUUUUCACACUAUAUUCACCAUCAUGAAGGACAUUAUUUGUGUUUUAUUGAUACUUUAUGUCUGUGGUUUUAUUUCUGUAAUCAGAUUGUUAUGAUGCCACGUUUGUUUUUUUAAUUCAGUUGUGCUUUUGAAUAGCUCUGCACUGGCCCUUUGUUGGCUACAUUAACAUUCAGAAACAGCACAUAACACAUUUUACACCAACACACUGCACUGACAGCUAUUUGUGAAACUUUAAACCUAAUACAGAAAGCUAUUAGUACUGUGAGGUGUGUGAUUUUUUUCCACUCAAAUGAGAAACUGUAACUGUAACAAAAAUAUGUAAUGGGUAUGGUUGAUAAUUUGAGGUCAUAUGGGAGAUAGAGAAACAAAUAGAAGAGAUUUGAACUGGAUUUACGGUCCAGAUUGUAAACCAUUACACCAUCAAACAUCACCUCUGCUGACACUCUUCUUAUUUUUACCCAGCCAGUGUACUAUAACUGAGCCUCACUAUGCUGCACAGCUGGUUUUGUCCUGUCACAUGUGGGUGUGGUAGUGUCAGACAGGACCACUGCUUGUUUAAUCUGACAUUGCAAAUCCUUUAGUCCAGUUCACACCAGAUUCAUGCCCCUCCCCCACUCCUGUCCUCUUCUGGCCUUCACUACCCCCAACUCUCACCCCCGCUCUGAGUGAGGAAAUGUGUAUCAACCCAUCUGUUCGAUCGCAGCAUAUAGCCAGGCUGGUGGGAGAUAUGGAGAGUAACAAUAGGUUUAUCACAUCUAACAACAUCUCUGAGCAGAACUGGUAAAGUAAAGUAGGAGAGGAUUAGAUAUAGGGUCACCGGCAGAACUGCAGAGUUUCUUUAGCGAGGUGGAGGUCAUGGUUAGCUUCAGUACUCUUUGUAAAGUGUGGGCAGACUUGGUUGGUGAUUCCCGAACUUCUUAUGGGGGAUAGUCACAGCAGAGCUGUUAAACUGGUCGCGCUUGUUUGAAUGAUGGAUGGUUUGUGGGAGGCUAGAUUCUCUCAGCGCUGUAGGGAGUCACUGUGGGAUGUGGAGCAGGCAGUCGUGAUUGAUGUGGUUUCUCCUGCCAUCUUAUUCACAUUCUCUCCUCUAUUGCAUCUUUUCUAAUUUCUUUCUCUGCACUCAGUGGGCAGAAGCACACAGUAGGAGGUCUGUUUCUCACAGUGCUGGAAGUGAAAACAUGCUCAUGCACACAUGGACUUAUGCAUUAAACUCACAGCCAACAUGUGCAGAAACAUUUAGUGGCAAAGCGAGUCCACAGCCUCUUUUUUUCCAGAAAUUGUUUCAGCACUUUCAUGAUAGUUAGUACAAAUUCUUAAUCAUUUUAUCUGUACAGUAGCCACUUUUUGUUUGUUCUUUUUAAUCACUGGUGAAAUAUUAUAUCUGUAGUAGAUGAGUAAGUUUAAAAGCACUGAACAAUGUGUGCAAUUGGACCUACAGAAGUGUGAUGCAAGGACAGUAUGAGAGGACCAGUGGGAUGCUUAGCAGCACAGGAAUUCACUCAAACAUACAUGUUAACAUGAAGCAAAAAGAUGUGGAUUCAUAAACUAAGCUCAGAGUCUGGAACAGCCUCGGCAUGCACUGUACUAAACAGCUUUGAUGCAAAGAUUUGUGCUUUGUCUCUUGUUCUUGUGUUGAGAGCCUUUAGCGGAUUAAUAAUGAAGCAGACACUAAUGUAGAAAGAACAUUAUGUCACAUUAUACAGCAUGAAAAUAACUCAGUGCUAAAGAGUGUUUAUUAUUUUCCUGGCAGAGCAAACCUGAGGCACUUUGACAUGUCUUCUGUAAGUGUCAGCACAAUGUUCUUCCCUGGUACCCUCAUCAUGUUGCAUGAGUCAGAGAUCUAACCCUGACCUGACUCUUAACUUAAACCUAACCCAGACCUUACCUGACUUGAUGUCACUAAAACUGACCAGGCUCCGCUAAACAAUGACCAACAAUGUGCUAAAAAGGUUUGGGAAACUGGGCUCAGAAUGUGACACCUUUGCCAUGAAUCAACUUCAUCUUAUCUGCUGACUGACCUUAGAAACACAUUGUCAUAUGUUUUACACUGACCUUUAUCUAUGAAUAACCUUAAGCUUGUUUGUCAGCUAACUGUAAUUUUACAUUGCAUUUCAUGCUUAGUUUGUAUCCUGUUUUUUCCAAAGCAUUUCCAGCCAAAUCGUUAUGUGAUGUGUUUGCUUUUGAACAUUUCCUAGGUAGACCUGUUAUCCGCACAGUCUGACUAUAUGACCCGCUGUCUGAAUAAGCCAGUCAGUCACUUGAGAAGUGCAAUAUAUCAAUAUAGAGGAAUACAAGAAAAGGGAUGAAACAAGUUAAUGGGUGAUAAUGAGUUCAGGAUGGAUUGCCUAAAACAACUGACUUAUUAAAUGUUGCAGUUGUGUUUACACAGUAGUGUAUAGACAUACUGUUGCAAGAAUACCUUUUUGCCUUUAGUCCUACCAUUUUCAUUUAUUCAAACCUUUUUUUAUUUACAGCCUUGCCCCUGCAUUUGAAUAAAACCUUGUGAAGCAAA